AUUAGAAUGCUACCGCCAACACAACGGUUGAGUGCAACCCUUGACAAAUGUGGCACCUUCGUCUUGGUCGGUGAGUUUUCUCGAAAGUCAAACACAAGAGACCUUUUUGCACAUUUACCGACUAGAGUAGUAGGGGUAGCAGGUGUCCACAUCUCGAUGCACAAAAGCAAAGAAUCAUGAAACAGAUCGAUGCAGAUCCCUCGUUCCAGGGGGACGACCCGGAAAUGAUUGUCGAUGGGAGUCAGUCCAUGUCGGAACCAAUAGUUAUCAGGGAAGAUCCGCCUGAACCAACGCUAUCGCUAUCUCCGAAGAGCUCGCGAUCUGGAAAAGAGAAAAGGAAACAAAGAAAACAAGUAGAUGCUAGCGUAUCCCGGGGUAGCAAUGGCGCCAGCCCCACGAACACACGAAGCCCACCUAGAAGCCCAAGAUCAAUGGAUAUUAACUCAGACGUUUCCCGAGAGCCUCCAGAGAGCAUUGGCAGGGGUGUCUCCGAAGAAAGAUUCGUCUCGACCAGCCAAAAGGGAGCAGAACCUCCCGCCCUCGAGAGCCCCACCGUACAAAAGAAGAAGAAGAAAGAGUCCUCUGUGGACAGGCACCACCAAGAUGCCCCCGGCUUACAAACCAAUGAGGAAAUUGAGAAACUUGCUACUCCUCAUGAGUUCAAGAAAUCCAAGUCAAUGAAGUCAACGAAAUCUGGGUCUGGAAGUAGGCGAUCAGCGUCAAGGCGCCGAAAGAUGCGAGUGAUGGAGAUCACUUCGCCGGUCGAGGUCGUGGCCGAGUCCAAUGCCAGUAGCUCCCUGUAUGGCGUUUUCAACGGCCAUUUGAUGAAGUGGAGGUUCGAGGCGGAAGAAGGUGGACCCUUUAUCAGAGUGCCUGCUUUCUUUGGGGCCACUGCGCUGGUCACUACAACCACGUACGCGUUGAUCUUUGACCCGAAUACAUGGACGAUUUUGUCCAUCGUUCUAUCGCUUUUCAUCUAUGCGAUCUCGCUUCUGUGCAUUGUAUUGGAAGGACGCUUCAUGUGCACAAACCCUCUUGGAAUUCGUGCGCACCUUCGCAGCGCCCUCACGAGGAGGAACCGAGUUUUCCGAUUUGUCUGGGGUCGUGGCAUUCUGUAUAUCAUCGCCGGUGGUCUAAGCUGCGCCCUCAUUCUCAUUCCAUCGCUGAUAGCUGGCGGGUUCAUGGCUCUUGUUGGUUUCUCUGCUGUCGUUUUCGGCGCCUAUUCCGCCAGGAUGUUCUACAAGCUUCGCGACUCUUUGAAAGACGAUGACUACUUGGGCAAUGCCUUCAAUCGCUUUGACUAUGAUAAGGAUGGAUUCAUCACUCUACCGGAGUUUGUAAACUUGCUGUCAAUGCUUGGAAUGGACAUUGACGAUAGAAUUGGAAUCAAGGCUUUCCAUGCUGCUGAUGUCAACCACGAGUACAAGAUUUCUCAAGAAGCUUUCAUGUCAUGGUGGAAAGGGGCAUUUUUGAAGAACGGCAAAUCGCCGCGGCUGGACGACAUCAACUCGGAGCUCGGAACGGAUGAAGAAGAAGGGAGUGCAUACCACCGCAUGGGCUAAGAAGCUGGGAGGAAGAUAAUGAAAAGCCGUACAUUCACGGGUCUUGCUCCAAGUUGCACUCUCCCAGCUCUAGCGGCGGCGUGGUUGAGAGUGGACAGCCACUAAAAGUGUGGCCUCCUGGUGGCUCUAGUUUGGACCCGAAGAGGAAGUUCAGUUGUUUAGUAACUUACAUGUAAUGCAAUUAUUUUCUAAUGCAAGACAUUCGUCCUUCAGCGCUUGUUCCCCUAUGGAUGAUACGCCAGUGCGCCUGUUCGCCUGUAGAU